AACCCAAGUCCCGCCCGUCCUCGCAACUUACACCACCAACCAACUCCUCUAUGAACUCCACCACCACCACGGCCCCAACUCCCACACCCACCGCGUCCACGAGUCAGUUCCACUAACAACACCCCGUCUGUCCGUCAGUCCGUCACCACAGAAACGAAAACAAAACAAAUACUUCAAUACGCAACGGCAACGGACGAUAGAAUAGACAAAUAUGUCAGGCACAAUCCCUCACUUCUGGGCCCAGCCCUUCCGCUACAUUCGCUGGUCCGCCCGCGAGAAGCCCGCCUACUUCUACUCGUGCGUCAUCGCCGGACUCGGCCCCGUCUUCCUGACGGUGGUGCCACCUGUGCGCAAGUACUUUGGGGAUGUCAACCCGGCGCCGAUUCCUGUUACUUAUCCUAUUCCCACCGGACCUAGGAAGCAACUUACGGGUUUUGAUGAUGACACCGAGGAGGCAUAGAGGCAUGAUGGAUGUUAGGUGUCGAUUGGGCUAAUGCUGGAAGAGAGAGAGAGAGGGAGAAAAAGACAAUCAACAAGCGGAGAGACAGUACGCUGCUGUUGUGGACAUGAA